AUGGCCUCCCGCCUCGUCACCCGCGCGAUCCCCCGCGCCUCCGGCCUGCCCCUCCGCGCCGCCCGCUCCUUCCAGACCUCCUCGCCCCUGCGCGACGCCGUCGCCGCUCCUCUUCCGGCCCGGAAACCCGUCGGUGCUUUCCGCGGAGGUCUCUUCGGUUUCUUCCUCGGCAGCUCCCUUACCGGCGCCGGCGUCUACUCCUACAUCCUCAAAGAAUACAAGACCUCGAACGACCUCCUGUCAGAGGAUAUCUACGCACUCCAGGCUGCCGUCCAGCGCCUCAGCAGCUACGUCCAGACAUUGGAGGAGAAGAUGGACGCUAUUGAGCGCAAGAGGAAGUGA